CGGCGUUGUGUGCGAGAAAUGUUUUUGGCGAUAUGAUGGUGUUCUUAGGCAAGGUUGGCGCUGGAUUGUAGCACAUGUAGGAUAUUGAAAUGUGUAUCAUAGCGUUCCUAAAUGAAUUAAAUAUGGACUACUAAGGUGCUAUAUUCAGCCUGUAGCCUAGUCUACAUAUUUUUGCAUUCUAAAUGCUGACACAGGGACACCCAACGGCAUGCUAUUGUGAGGCAACAAUUUAGCACAGGAUGCAGUCUUCAGGCCACCGACUGCGAGACAUGGAGCAGCACCACCCACUGCUUUCGGCCGGUGGGGAUGCAGAGGCAGGAGGCCUGGGACCAGGAAUGAUGGUGGGGGGGCCCCACACUGGCCAUUCAUCGGGUAACCGUACACUGUGGUUUAUCCAGGACAGUUGUGGCAUGGUGUGUGCCGCUAUGACCUGGUUCCUGGUGUUGUACGCCGAGUUUGUGGUGAACUUCGUUAUGCUGCUCCCCACCAAGAACUUCUGGUACACGCUGCUUAACGGGGCAGCCUUUAACUCCCUGGCUGUACUUGCACUGGCCUCGCACCUACGCACCAUGCUGACUGACCCAGGUGCAGUUCCCAAGGGCAACGCUACUAAAGAGUACAUGGACAGCCUGCUGCUUAAGCCUGGAGAGGUCAUCUAUAAAUGUCCCAAAUGCUGCAGCAUCAAGCCUGAAAGGGCACACCACUGCAGUAUCUGUAAAAGAUGCAUACGGAAGAUGGAUCACCACUGUCCCUGGGUCAAUAACUGCGUGGGGGAGAAGAAUCAGAGAUUCUUUGUACUUUUCACUAUGUACAUUGCCUUGAUUUCUGCCCACGCCCUAGGCCUCAGUGGAAUGCACUUCUUCUCUUGUGUUAAAGUCCAGUGGAAUGAGUGCAGCGAUUUUUCACCAGGGGUGUCCGUACUACUGCUGAUCUUCCUCUGUUUGGAGGCUGUGCUCUUCCUCACCUUCACAGCAGUUAUGUUCGGUACGCAGAUCCACUCCAUCUGCAACGAUGAAACGGAAAUUGAACGUCUUAAAAACGAGAAGCCCACAUGGGAGCGUCGCAUGCGCUGGGAGGGAAUGAAAGCUGUGUUUGGGAGCCCGCCUUCCCUCCUGUGGUGCAAUCCGUUCACAGGCCUGCGUCUACGGCGCCUGCUGCUGUUGACCCAAAGUCGGCGCAGUGGGGCAGAGUUUUCUGUCUGAGAGCAGAGCAGACGAACACAGCUCAGCAACAUUUGACCGUCCUAACAACAAGACUGCUUAUAAAUGCCCUCACUCUUGGUAGCAGGCUAAGAUGAACACAUGAACCCUGUCUUUUGCCUCUGGGCAACAAGGAGGUGGAUGCAAGGCUGUACCAGCAUGUCACCACCACUGGAACUUUGCGCUCACUCACCCUUAUUAAUAUAGAACCACUGUUAUUGUUCUACAUGAAUAAGUCAAAAGUAUAAAACUGUUUUUUUCCCCAACAAGAGUAGCUUUCCAUGCUUUUAAGUAAAGCACAUAGUGCAGAACCCAAAAUGAAUCUGCUCAUCGCAAGACAGUCCAAGGUGCUGUUUGAACUUAUAUCCUCUAUUACAGGGUCUUCUGUGUCCAAUUUGAAUACAGUAGCAGUGUUUAAGAAUUUUUGGUGGGCUGUACUCCUGUGCUCAAUUGCAUAUCCUAUCCAUCACUUGUGACAAGACAAAUUGACUUGAAUAGGAAGCCCUUGACAAAUUUCUAGUGGAUCCAGGCUGUAGAGUCAGACUCCAGGACACGCACUAUAUAACUACAGUUGAAAAGCAAUGUUGAA